AUGCCAGCUAUGAUUGCUUCUUCGCGGGUGCCAUUGCGCCUUGCGCGCAGCUCACGACGAGCUUCAGUCAUCGCAAGGAGCAUUGGCUCUAGCGUGCGAUGGAAUAGCGCCUAUACCUGGCUCACCAAAACACCGCACAAAAUUCUUCCAGAGGAUGUGGUAUCAUCUAUUCCGUCAUCUUACGAGACCAAGUCGAGCGCUGUCCCCGUCCUACUCGUUACCCCAAGUCUUGCGCACUGGCUCGAUCCUACGUCGUCCUUUCUCAGCGAUUUUAUGACAAAAUUUCACCAAUCGUCUCCAGAGACAAUUACUACCCGUCACGCUGUUGCCGCUGUGGUUGAUAAAAUCCCAAAUGUUGCGCAAUCACACUCUUCGUUAUCGGAAAGCGCAAUUGGAGCAUCAGAGGAAUACGAGGGCGUUUCUCUCUUGGUGAUCGAGGGAGAUAACCUAAAAUGGAAGGCUGAGCCUCCUCGUCGUAUUGGAGACCCGGCUGGCGAAGAGCCUAGUCUAGUGGUCUCAGUGCGCGACGAGGGAUCUGCCCAUGCGGUUGGCUUGCGCCUAGCCAACACGGUUUUCACCAAUGGGAAAGAACGAACCUUCCUAGGAAUGCGCUGGACUGCCGGUAUUAAUGGCUAUGUUUUGGAUAGAUCCGUGGGCCUUACAAGCUGUGUCGUUACGUCUUCAGAGGCUAGUGUCCAGCCUGAAUUAUCCUUACCACUACAACCUGUCACUCAGCGCCGCAGGGUGAUCACUGGCAUGGGAAACAUCUUGCGUCAGCUGGCCAAAUCUACUGACCCGUCUUCAAAUGAGCCAAUGCCUGCCUCAACUGAGCUUGAGAAGGAACUCCCACGAUAUAUCGAAGAGAAUAACAUCGCAGAUCGGAGAGUCUCCGUUUGGGCAUUGGUUGAGAAACCCGAUAUUGAAGUUGCUGGUGAAACAUUAUCUACUCAAGAUCGGCUGACAAAGUCACUGAGUCAGGGUGGCAAGUUACAUCGUGUGAUGAGUGGUGGUGGUGGAUGGGGCAAGAAGCAGGGACUUCUCUCAUUAGAUCCAGAGAUUGCUUUCCCAACUAUGCUUCCUACAGAUCAAGCUGUCAACUUGGAUCAAGUGUUUGAUCCUAGUUCCCGUGCAGAUGAGCCAUUGGAGAUGCCUUCUUUCCUUGAGAACGGAUUGAUUGGAGAAGAUCUCUCGCAUCUGUCGCAGGUUGCAAAUGCAGGAGAUUUCAUUGAGUUCUUUGUGUUGGUCGAAUCAUCAUAUUCACACAACGUGAAACUCGAGUCAAAACAUUAUUGUUUUGGAGUGAUGUCUAAUGCCGAGGAACCAGAUUAUCAGGCGAUUGGUUCUGAAGAAAAGCACCUCGAACCGGUUCCCAAUACGUUUGGAGCUCUGUCUGAGAAGGCGAUUACCUACACCCAGCCUGUAUUGCAGGAGGGUAAGACGACUGAGUCUACCACCAAGUUGGACGUAUCGGGAUGUCGAGUGACCCUGCAGUGUGGGGGACAGUGA